CUGUGUGUGAGUGUCUGUGUGAGUGUGUGUCUGUGUCUCUCUCACUCGGUAGUGACACUGUUAUGACCACUGUAUAGCGAUUGGGGAACAAACAUUGUAACGGCUUCGGGAAUGUUAUCGGAAAUGUAUUCGAAGUCCCGAACAUUGUAUCCGAAUUCGAUCGGAAACGACAGCGAAACAUUUAUCAAUGGAGAAAGACGCGACUUUGUUGCCAUUUUUUUGAGGAAGAGAUUUAAAUCCUCUCAAGCAUCCCCCUCACCCCGGAGAGCCAGCGAGAUCAUGACAGGAGAAUCCGUCGGGAAAUCGCCAACAGCAACGAGAGGAGGCGCAUGCAGAGCAUCAACGCAGGAUUCCAGUCCCUCAAAGCCCUGCUCCCUCACGCUGACGGGGAAAAACUCAGCAAGGCGGCCAUCCUGCAACAGACGGCUGAGUACAUAUUUGCUCUGGAGGAGGAUAAGACGCGUCUAAUGCAACAGAACUCCCACCUCAAGCGUCAAGUCCAGGAGUACACGGGCUCCUCCCCCAAGAGGAAGCGAGGCGAUGAAUCGGACGAGGGGAUCGGUUCUCCCGACUCGGCGGAUGAGGGUCCGGCGGAGCUGAGGCAGCGGCUGGAGAAGGAGAGGAACACCACAGCCAGCCUGCAGGAGAAGGUCAGGAGCCUGGAGUUACAGCUGCAGCCGGUCAUACCCACUGCCCCAUCCCCGCAGACUGCAACACUCAUACCCCAACCCACACCCCAACAGCCAGAGGUGAGCGAGGACCAGGAGCUCCUACUGCAACCUCAGCAUCAGCCGAGUGAGAUGUUGACACUGCCCAGCCUCACCGUUCAGCUCCUGGUGGCAGACUGCCCGCCCGCACCCACUCACCACCCCACCGUGAUCGUGCCCGCCCCAUCGCCGGCCCCACUGGCCACCAUGGUGACCGCCACACCCAGCUCCGUCAUCAGUUCCGUCUCCACAUCCAAACAGAACCUGGACACCAUUGUACAGGCGAUUCAGCACAUCGAAGCCACGCAGCAGGGUAUCGAGGAGACAGUGGUGGUGGAGACAGAGGUGGUGGAGACAGAGGCGCUGGUCUUGGCGGGCGAGCAGUACGGUGUGAAGAGAGCUGGGGACUGGCAGGGGCUACUGGCUUCCUCGCAGCUCCUAAUCAGGGGCCCCUUUGGCCACCCGGAGCCUGAGGUGCCAAACCCUGCUCGGAGAGAACUGCUGGCGGCUUUACAGAGGCCCAGAGGGGAGCAGAUCCCCUCGGUAUUAAUCGCAAGAAGUGGCGUGCACUAAAACUGUGCGUCUGAGAGGGACAGAGGACUGACAUGGCACCUUCUAGCGAGAUCACAGGACCUUUGCGUGUCACUUUUCUCUCCCAGUCUCGCACCCUUUUCCCCCUCCAAGCGAGCUGCGUCCUCCCACCACACAACUUGCGUUUAUAAAUAGCGUCCCUCACGCAGGGUGACAACACAGAGCACUUAAACACACACACACACAUACAGUAACCCCACAUGUCUCCGUGCAGACGUCACACCUCAUUGCCCCACCGACCGUGUCAAAGUGUGACGUUCCCAAUCCGGUGGCUGGUUGUUGGCGAUUCCCAAAGAAUGUCGUCUUUAAAAGGAGAUGGUGAAAGGGCAGGGCAUUGGGAUCAAAAGAUCCGUCAAGUGCUUUAGAACCAUAAAAAUUUAGGAGGCUAUGCGUCCCUUCCUGCUGGCUCCUUCCCUGCCUACAGUCCCACUUCCCUGCCUGCGCCCCCCCCACUCCAUACCCCUGGAGCAUUCUGCCUCAACCCCAGCAAUGAAUCCCAUGUGCUUCAGGAUGUUUGCCCUGGAAUCUGGAACUCACUCUCUUCCCCCAAAAGGUUGUGUGUGGACCGUAGCUGGAUCCGUUCACAUUUUCCAUACUGAGUUGGAUGGAUAUUUGUUAGGUCAGGACAUCAAGGGAUAUUGGGGCAAAGGCAAGUAGAUAACUACUUGCAUUUAUAUAGCGUCCCUCACACAGAGUAGCGUCCCAGGGAG